GAGCUGGAGAGUGAAACAUGAAUGUGCAGUGAGAUCGGUUCCGCGUCUUCGCUCAUUGGAGUGAGGCGCGUGCAGCUUGCUCUCCUCCGGCCGCCGCCCGCAUGCAGCCUGCCGCGCGGCCCCACCCCUACUUCUCUUCUGCCCGACUCCCUCCGGAUAUUUUUAGCGCUGAUGAUGUGCCCUGUCAAAUCACGUAACGGAAACAGCCUCAGAGCUCGGAAGCAGAGUCGUCGCGAAGAGCCCGCUUUGCUCCGUUUUGUAUAUCGCGAUCUGCAGGAUGCGAUUUGAAAUGAAUUUGGCGUGUUGCGUGUUGGUGGUGCUUACCGGCUCAUCGCAGACAAGAGGUCAGAGCAGUGCCGUGCCUCCUGUCCUCACCCUGGCUGCCUUCCCGAGUCACGCUGGAAGCUCAGCAUCUCCUGACCUGACAGAAGAUCCUAGGAAUGAGCACUCACAGCGGACACACAGCGGGGAUGAAACCUCCACUGACACCACGACCAUCGCCAAGGCAACAAUCCAUUCAGAGGCUGUGACAAAUGCAGUAUAUGCAACGCACUCUGCAGUGGCUACACCUCAACACAUCUUCAUGCCUGCUCUUUCACCUUCAGCUGCCGCAGACAACCUUUCAUCUGCGCCGCCUGUCCGGAGCACCACCCCUCCACCGCACGUCUCAACCACUGAUGGCGGAGCCAUUGUGACCACAGAUCCCGUCACCACCUUUUCAUCUCUGCCUGCAGCCCACACAGUGCAUGAUACAAGCUCCACAGCCCACGCCUCCACCAUGCAGCCCCAGUCUGAAUCAUGGACCACCGCCUCCACACAGCCGACAACCACAGGACAUCCUCUGAUCUCCGGUCCAGACCGGGGUCCUUCUGGGCCAACAUACCAGGAGGUCCCGUCUGAGCUCAAUGUUGGAGAUAAAGACCUCAAGGGGCCCCGCUACCGCUCAAGCUCCCCUUUGGAUCCCCUGCUGGCCGGCCUGCUGUCCGUGUUCAUCGUCACCACCGCUAUCGUCUUCGUCAUCCUCUUCCUCAAGUUUCGCCAGCGGACAAAUCACCCAGAGUUCCAUCGGCUUCAGGAUCUACCCAUGGAUGAUUUGAUGGAGGACACGCCCCUCUCCAGAUACACCUACUGAUGAACGCAUCCUCAGUCACUUCCACUACUCAGAGAACAGAAGCAAAGCAGACACCAAAGGAAGACCAGUGUGGCUCUCAGAAAAGCCUUUGCCUGGAUGCAGCUGCAUCUCUGCAGAUGAGUUUUGGGUCAGUGAUGGAAAAAAAUAUAUUUAUCUGUGGUUCCAUGAGAAGGAUCCAGAAAGUCUUUCAAAUGGGAGGUUUCAGAAGCACUUUUUUUCUCCACAUUCCCUUUAAAUUUCGAGAGAUCUUCAUCAUAGUAGAGACUAUUUGUUUGUGCCUCAACCCCCUUGACUUUCUCCACAUGUAUGCACAGCACUUUAAUGUGGCAUGAAUAGUCCCAGUGCCCUCUAGGGGACAUCUGAGGUAAUGUGGAUCAGGGUUGCGCGAUGUCCUCCAAUGUAAGGCAACCUCAGGUUAUCCAGCGAGAAACAAGAGUGAGAGACACAUGGGAAAGUUGCCAACAUGCCUAAAAUAUUUAAAGAAUAUUAAUUAAGAUCCCAUAGGUGACCAAAUAUGAGUGAAGUGCACUUUCACACCAAACUGCUACAGGUUGAUUGUGUUGUCUUAAAGCAGAGGUCUCGAUUAUACAAUUCAAAAGCCAUAUCUUUGGAAAAACAGACACACAGAAUAUCGUACAGUAGAAGCCAAACCUCAUUCAGUGGCUCAAAUUUAUGAUUCAACUUUUUAUGGAACUUUUUGUCAUCAUGGUCUUUAAAACUUGAAUUUGGUUAUUCUGUUUUCAAUGAAUGUUUAAUCCACCACUGCACACUGAGAAGAGACCUCGCUACACUAAAUACUUUUAAAAGGAGCAAUUUGUAAAGGUAAAACCCAGUUAUUGUUAAAUGAGUUGUAAAAUAAAUAUUUAGAAAUGUAUUUGUUUCUGCACAAGGUGUUUGUUCAAAUGCUGAAGUGGCGACAAUGAGAAGAGGCGCAGUUUAGAUUCUUCUGUAUUAACUAGAGUGUCAUGCAAAUGUGCUGGAAACUAUGCUGUUGUGUCACAGUUUUUACCGAUAGUCUGUUCUGAGUUACUUUACUGUUAAGUGCCAACAGUGAUGUAUGAUUUAAUAUGCCAUUGAAAUGUGGACUUUAAGAAAUUAAGAUUUUCUGUUUGAUAAUAAAUCAGAAAUCAUGAUACUGAAGUCCUAAAACUUUAGGGGUUAUAACCCCUAAAGUUACUGGAGCAGCAUGUGGACGAGUUCUUCAGCAUUGUGUUGUGUCAUUGUGCGACGCACCUUUUGUUUAGCAGACGGUUGUGAGUCCAACAGCUCUUCAGAGACAUAAAUCCACCUGCCUUGACAAGUAAUGUGGACUUUGAGCAAUUACUCAGCUUCAAAAAAAGAAAGCCACUCCCUUAAACAAACGUUGCUGUUAACUAAACCUCACAUUCAAUCAAUACCUCUUCAACACCAAAUAGAUAAUGUA